CCGAAUUCAGUCCGCCAGUGUCCCAUAAUCCUCUUCUCUCGGUUCCUCUUUCCUCGCUCAAGAUGGCGCUGCUCGCGAUGCAUUCUUGGCGCUGGGCGGCCGCGGCGGCUGCUUUCGAAAAGCGCCGGCAGUCCGCGAUUCUGAUCCGGCCUUUAGUCUCUGUUAGCGGCUCAGGUCCGCAGUGGAGGCCACAUCAACUCGGCGCCUUGGGAACCGCUCGAGCCUACAAGCAGAUCCCAGAGUCAUUAAAAAGUAUCACAUGGCAGAGAUUGGGAAAAGGCAAUUCAAGACAGUUCUUAGAUGCUGCAAAGGCUCUCCAGGUAUGGCCACUGAUAGAAAAGAGGACAUGUUGGCAUGGUCAUGCAGGAGGAGGACUCCACACAGACCCAAAAGAAGGGUUAAAAGAUGUUGAUACUCGGAAAAUCAUAAAAGCAAUGCUUUCUUAUGUGUGGCCCAAAGACAGGCCAGAUCUACGAGCGAGAGUUGCCAUUUCGCUUGGAUUUUUGGGUGGUGCAAAGGCCAUGAAUAUUGUGGUUCCCUUCAUGUUUAAAUAUGCUGUAGACAGCCUCAACCAGAUGUCGGGAAACAUGCUGAACCUGAGUGAUGCACCAAAUACAGUUGCAACCAUGGCAACAGCAGUUCUCAUUGGCUAUGGUGUAUCAAGAGCCGGAGCUGCUUUUUUUAACGAAGUUCGAAAUGCAGUAUUUGGCAAGGUAGCCCAAAAUUCAAUCCGAAGAAUAGCCAAAAAUGUCUUUCUCCAUCUUCACAACCUGGAUCUGGGUUUUCACCUGAGCAGACAGACGGGAGCUUUAUCUAAGGCUAUUGACAGAGGAACAAGGGGUAUCAGUUUUGUCCUGAGUGCUUUGGUAUUUAAUCUUCUUCCCAUCAUGUUUGAAGUGAUGCUUGUCAGUGGUGUUUUGUAUUACAAAUGCGGUGCCCAGUUUGCUUUGGUAACCCUCGGAACACUUGGUACAUACACAGCAUUCACAGUUGCAGUCACACGGUGGAGAACUAGAUUUAGAAUAGACAUGAACAAAGCAGAUAAUGAUGCAGGUAAUGCUGCUAUAGACUCACUGCUGAAUUAUGAAACUGUGAAGUAUUUUAAUAAUGAAAGAUAUGAAGCACAGAGAUAUGAUGGAUUUUUGAAGACGUAUGAGACUGCUUCAUUGAAAAGUACCUCUACUCUGGCUAUGCUGAACUUUGGUCAAAGUGCUAUUUUCAGUGUCGGUUUAACAGCUAUAAUGGUGCUCGCCAGUCAGGGAAUUGUGGCAGGCACCCUUACUGUUGGAGAUCUAGUGAUGGUGAAUGGACUGCUUUUUCAACUCUCAUUACCCCUGAACUUUCUGGGAACUGUAUAUAGAGAGACUAGACAAGCACUCAUAGAUAUGAACACCUUGUUUACUCUACUCAAGGUAGACACCCGAAUUAAAGACAAAGUGAUGGCGUCUCCCCUUCAGAUCACACCACAGACAGCUACUGUGGCCUUUGAUAAUGUGCAUUUUGAAUACAUUGAGAGCCAGAAAGUCCUUAGUGGAAUAUCCUUUGAAGUCCCUGCGGGAAAGAAAGUGGCCAUUGUAGGAGGUAGUGGGUCAGGGAAAAGCACAAUAGUGAGGCUAUUGUUUCGCUUCUAUGAGCCUCAAAAGGGUAGCAUUUAUCUUGCUGGUCAAAAUAUACAAGAUGUGAGCCUGGAAAGCCUUCGGAGGGCAGUGGGAGUGGUACCUCAGGAUGCUGUCCUCUUCCAUAAUACUAUUUAUUACAACCUCUUAUAUGGAAACAUCAGUGCUUCACCUGAGGAAGUGUAUGCGGUGGCAAAAUUAGCUGGACUUCAUGAUGCAAUUCUUCGAAUGCCACAUGGAUACAACACCCAAGUAGGGGAACGAGGACUCAAGCUUUCAGGAAUAAAUGUGGGCUUACACAUUGUGAUAAGAAGAGCAUUGGACUGGAAUGGGUCUAGUCCAGGUUCUUGCUCGGUGACCGUGAGCCAAUCACUUAACUUUUCUGGGCCUGUAUCCUUUCUAUUUUAAAAAUUUGAUAUGCUAGAGACCUGUAAUAAAUACCUAAAUAAAGGAAGAGAUAUCUAGUAUAUGCCUUUAACUUUGAAGAAUGCUGUGAAAAGAAUAGCUUUCUGUCAAAAAACAAUCCUUGAGAAUACUGGCUGAAUGCUACUUUUUU